AUGGGCAGAAAACUAUUGGUAAACCCAGUAGAGCUGGAAAAGAAGUUAUUAAUGUAUGUUAAAACUUUGUUUAUUAAUGGAAAAUUGCAUUAUAGAAGUCUAGCGUGGACUGAAAUAAGCAAUGAAAUGAACAACGUUGUCAAACCUUAUAGUUUAUAUUUGAUUGUGUCUCAAAAUCUAUUCAACAUUUUGAAUAAUUUAAAGAAAAAUUUUUUUCCACUAGAAACAUCUUAUGACGAUUGUGAAAAUAGUAAUCCAAAAUAUGAAUCGAAUACGGAAAGCAGUACUACAUCGGACUAUGAGACAGAUUCAGAUUCAGAACUAAAAAAAAAUAUCGUGUUAGAUUUAGACAUUCCAUAUGAUACAUAUUUCAAAAUGAAACCUAUAAAUGUACAGUAUGGUAAAGGUAAUAAGGAAAGAAAUGAUAGGGUUUUAAAACCAGGAACGUGGACAGAUUUAAUAUUUGAAGAAAUUUAUAAAAAGUUCAAGUUACCAUGCUCUUUUAUAUUUAAAAGGUGUAAAAUUUAUCCAACUUCGGAUAGUAUGUUCCUUAAAAUUUUAACUUAA